AAGAUACAAGUGAUGGUUUCUACAGGAGGAACUAGUUUGAAAGAUGAUAUCAUGCGAUUGUAUCAACCGGUCCAUUUACUUGUUGGAACUCCUGGAAGAAUUCUGGACCUUGCGAAAAAGGGCAUCUGCAUUUUGAAAGACUGUACAAUGCUUGCUAUGGAUGAGGCUGAUAAACUAUUAUCCCCCGAGUUUCAACCUUCUGUGGAGCAUCUAAUUAGCUUUUUACCUGAGCACCGGCAAAUUUUGAUGUUUUCCGCUACAUUUCCAGUGACUGUCAAGGAUUUCAAAGAUCGAUAUCUUAAAAAACCUUAUGUUAUUAACCUAAUGGAUGAGCUUACUCUCAAAGGUAUAACACAGUAUUAUGCUUUUGUAGAAGAGAGACAAAAGGUCCAUUGCCUCAAUACCCUUUUCUCCAAGCUGCAAAUCAACCAGUCAAUCAUUUUUUGCAACUCUGUAAAUCGAGUGGAACUGCUUGCAAGGAAAAUUACAGAGCUUGGUUAUUCUUGCUUUUAUAUCCAUGCUAAGAUGCUACAAGACCAUAGGAACAAAGUUUUUCAUGACUUCCGAAAUGGUGCAUGCAGGAAUCUUGUCUGCACUGAUUUAUUCACCCGUGGUAUAGAUAUUCAAGCUGUGAAUGUUGUCAUAAAUUUUGAUUUCCCUAAGAACUCAGAAACUUAUCUGCACAGGGUGGGCCGUUCAGGAAGGUUUGGGCAUCUUGGAUUAGCUGUGAAUUUAAUUACCUAUGAAGACCGUUUCAAUUUGCACAAAAUUGAGCAAGAACUUGGGACUGAAAUAAAACCCAUUCCUCCCAAUAUAGAUCAAGCCAUUUACUGUGCUUAACAUAUGGAGAUAAGUUGAUUAUGGAGAGAUAAAUAUCAGUUUCAUAGAAACAGUAACUAGAGGCUUACUGGAUACUUGACCAAUUGGAGGCCGCUUCCUUUGUGAGGGCAACCAUGAAGUUACUUGGAUAACCGAAAAUUGACUUUGAGUUGGUAUCUUUUUUUUGAACACCCCAAAACAAAAGGUGUUAUUCUUCAUUUCUCUAAUUCCCUUGCUUGCCCGGUUGCCCCUCUUGUACCUGUGAUCAACAUGCCUGAGAGAGUUCCCAACUCAAAGUGCUCUGAAAUAUUUGGUGAUGGUAUUUGCUAAGGUAUUUAGAUCUUUAGCAUUGGGAUCAUACUUUAAAUAAUCUCGUAGGACCACCAUGUCUUUCCUCUAGCUUGAGUAGAAACAUCUGUUUAAGAGUUCAAAAAUGCCUAGUUGGAUGCUUAAAAAAGCUUGUGUUACUCUAUUUUGAAGUUGAAUGAUUGCUGUGUUCUUACUGGUAUUGUGAAUUGACACAUUCUUUGUUUUACUAUUGCGAGUUAAUUAUCGGAU